AUGGUUAACCCAAGAGGAGGCAAAGGCAACAGUGACAAGGGCAAGAGGAAGAGGGUGUCUGUGACUUCCAAGGAAUAUACACCAUUUGUGUUGAAUCAACUUGAAUUGUUGGAGGAAUCACUCCGAAAAACAGUGGCUGAGAUGAAGUCUAAAGCAACAGAGGCCUGCAGCUCUUCUGCUGCUCCGGGAAGUGAUGAUGAUAACAUUAUCUAUGAUGCUCAACCUCUGCGGAGCGUUGCCCCCCAGGAUGAGAAAGAUGUGGAGAUAAUGAAGCAUAAUCUGCACAAGCAGCGGCUUGAGAGAGAGUUGCAAGGGUGGAGUGACUGGGCUGGGGAGAAGGCAAAGGAGGCUGCUGAGAAGAUUCGCAAGGACCAGGAUGAGCUGAGAAUGCUGAGACUGGAGAUUGAACAAUCUCGACAGCUCAAUGCAUUGGAGGAGGAGAACACCAAGCUUAAGAAAGGGCUUGCAGAGUCGAAAUUGAUUUCCCAGCAGUCUUCUAAAAAUGCUGAGGAAGCCAAGGUGAGAGCGCAGGAGUUGGAGAAGCAGUGUCGGACAGGGGAGGUGGAGAUAAGCUCUCUGCAGAGAGAGCUUGCAGCUCUGGAGGGCAACAGUGCUAGGUUGCAGGCUCAAAUAGAGAAAGCCAGAAGACGCAAAAGCGAGUUUGAGGCUCUUCAGCAACAAGAGGAGAGGGAGAAGACAAAGAAUCUCCAGAAGGCUGAGGCACUGAGGAGGGAAAGAGCACGAAUGAAGGAGCUGGCAAAAGCUGAGGAGGAUCAUCUGAGGGCAAUGGCAGAAGAAAACAGGCAAAAAUUUGAGGAACAAAUGAAGAAGCUAACUGCUGAAAUCUCUGCCCUAAAAAUGGAAGCUGCGGGGGAAAGCUCAAGCCAGCAGGGAGGCAUGAAACGCGAAUGGGAAUGCGUUAUGUGCUUGACUGAGCCAAAAUCAGUAGUUUUCCUCCCUUGUGCCCAUCAGGCUCUUUGCACAGCCUGCAAUAUGCUUCAUGAAAGGCAAGGAAUGAAGGACUGUCCUGUCUGCAGAACGCCAAUCAUGAAGCGGAUCCAAGCCCGCUUUGUUACUCCAAAACCACACUAGACCAGACUACAGGAAAGGGGAACUG